GCUUUUCAAGAUGGCGGCUGGAAUGUAUCUGGAGCAUUAUCUGGACAGCAUAGAGAAUCUUCCCUUUGAACUUCAAAGGAAUUUCCAGCUCAUGCGAGAUUUAGACCAGCGCACUGAGGAUUUGAAAGGGCAAAUAGAUUCCCUUGCUCGUGAGUACACCGCUAAUGCUCGGACUCUUUCCUCGGAGCAGAAACUUUCUCUUUUGAGACAGAUUCAGCAGUCCUAUGGGAAGUGUAAAGAGUUUGGAGAUGACAAGGUCCAGCUGGCCAUGCAAACCUAUGAGAUGGUGGAUAAACACAUCCGGAGGCUAGACACAGACCUGGCACGCUUCGAGGCAGAUCUCAAAGAGAAGCAGAUAGAGAGCACAGAUUAUGACUCCACUUCUAGCAAGGGAAACAAGAGUGAACUUCGGGGACCUAAGGAGAAAAAAGUGUCUCGUACCCGGUCAAAGGUCAAGAACUCGGAUGAUGACUGCAGUCCUAAGGGUGGCCAGAAAAAAGUCAAGCUAACACAAACGGCUGAGUUUUCUUCUCCUUCAGUAAAUUUUGGGAAUGUUCACCCCUCUGAUGUGCUGGAUAUGCCUGUGGAUCCCAAUGAACCAACCUAUUGCCUCUGCCACCAGGUCUCCUAUGGAGAGAUGAUUGGCUGCGACAAUACUGAUUGUUCCAUUGAGUGGUUCCACUUUGCUUGUGUGGGACUGACCACCAAGCCCAGGGGGAAAUGGUACUGCCCAAGAUGUUCACAGGAGCGUAAGAAAAAAUGAACAUUCUUAGAAAAAGGAUGAAAAAGAAAACAAACAUGGGCAGAGCAGGAGGUAGAAAGAAAAAGGAAGAGAGGCAUAAAGUGUUUGAUCUCACCCCCCUAUAGACACUAAUAUAGAAACACUCUGCUAAAGCUGGUGCUUGUCCUCCUCUCCUCUAUCAUCUUUCUUCUCUCUGUCUGACAAAAAGAAGAGGAUAGAUGGAUGAAGGAGUCAUAGUUACAACUGUAGUUUAAUUUAUGUUUCCAAUAUAUAUAUAUUUUUAACAUGUACAUUUUCAUUUUGAUUUUGGGAUGGUUGUUAAUUGGUUGGUUGCCUUUUUUUUUUAUAUGCAUUUCAUGCACAAAUCAAUGAACUCAACAGUAGAUAAAUCAGGGAGCAUGUCACUUAGUCCUUGGACAUAAAUAUCCACUAGUCGUUCUUAAAUACUUUUAUGGUUGAAAUUUACAGUUAUAACUUUCCAUGGGUUACUGAACCAUUGUCAUUUUGAGAUCUUGCUGAUGCACAAUUUUACUGCAUAUUCUAAAUGAGCCCAUACACUUGAGCUUCAAGGUUUUCCCUACCAGGUACCUUGGAUAAUUGAUAUGGGGAAAUGCUGAGCUGCAUACUGUUCUAUUCUAAAACCAGGGCUUUUCCAUUGUUGCAUACAGUUACACUUGCCGCACAUUAACCCAUCUCACUUUUACUGGGUUGAAACUCCAAAUUCAGGUUCAUUCCACAAACUAGCUGCUGUGAAGGAAACUUCCUCUGGUGCUUAUAAGUUCACUACUCAAUGAACUGAAUCAGUCAAACUAUACGACUUUCCGCUGGACUCUAUAGCAUUAACACGAGGUAAUGAGGUACUGGACAAAGUGCUGCAACAUCAUUGCAACAACACUCGUGGGCCAGACUCCUUUGUGUAUUCAUCCCGCUGUAUUGUAAGCUAUGAACAAAAAAGGUGAAUAUUGCUGUGUUUGGCCUGCAGAUUGGGUUUUUAUUAUUCAGUUUGACUGGAUGUUGGUGCUUUUGAAAACAUUUAUUGGUAAAAUGUUUGGUUUGAAAGGUUUGAAAUUGGUUGCCUACUCAUGCGAAGCUCUCCAUCAUAUGGCUGAUGAUGGUGUCUGAGUUUGCAUAGCAGAUUUUGUCAGCAGAUCACAACCUCUACAUAAAAUUGUGCAAGAUAUAAUACAUAAUUGAAUUCUAACAUGAGUGUCUGACUUGGCUGCUAUAUUAUGAGAAAGCAUUACAUUAUAUGAAUGACUAAUUUCUGCCUUAUAAUUGAGUUCCCAUGAAGUCUUGUUUGUGAUUUGAUCUGAUACAGAUGUUCUAAUAAGUACUGUAUUGUACUAAUGUCAGAUGUUGGGCUUUGUGUCUUCCAUGUUGACUGAACAAUACCUGAUGUCUGAAUUGGACUUGUGUGUUCUAUAAUCUUGCAGUCUCUUUUAUUUUGUCUUAAGAAUGUUCUUGUAUGUCUCCUGUUUUAAAUCAUGUAAUAGCUUUC